AUGUCUGACUAUCCCCACAUUCUUCUUCGCGCUGAGGAGAAGCCUCUCGAGCACCGAUCUUUCUCCCCCGCAAUUAUCAAGACACUCGUUGAUGCUGGAUACCCCAUUUCCGUCGAGCGAUCGUCCACCGACCCCAAGUUCAAGCGUAUCUUUGAGGACUCAGAAUAUGAGGCUGCUGGUGCUCGUCUUGUCGACACGGGUGUAUGGCCCAACGCUGAGCCUGGAACAAUCAUCCUAGGCCUCAAGGAGAUACCCGAAGAGGACUUCCCUCUCAAGAAUGAUCACAUCACGUUUGCACACUGUUACAAGAACCAAGGCGGGUGGGAGCAGGUCCUCGGUCGCUGGGCUCGAGGCGGUUCAGUCUUAUAUGACUUAGAGUUUCUUCAUGACUCUGAAGGUCGCCGUGUUUCUGCUUUCGGAUUUCACGCUGGCUUUGCUGGAGCUGCGCUCGGAAUCAAGACACUCGCUCACCAGCUGCAGGACUCGUCCUCUAAGCUUCCUUCUGUCGAGACAUUCACUGAUGGCCGCGGAUAUUACCUGAACGAAGAUGAGCUCGUCAACCAGAUUCGUGAGGAUCUCGCUAAGGCUGAAAAGGCUCUCGGACGCAAGCCCACUGCUCUCGUCCUUGGUGCUCUUGGACGAUGUGGUAAGGGUGCUGUGGACCUUUUCCUGAAGGCCGGCAUGCCUGAUGAGAACAUUACCCGCUGGGACUUGAACGAGACUAAGGACCGUGAUGGCCCUUACGAGGAAAUUGCGAAGGCUGACGUCUUCCUCAACGCCAUCUACCUCUCCAAGCCCAUUCCCCCUUUCAUCAACCAAGAACUCCUUGCCAAGCAAGGUCGCAACCUCGCUGUUGUCAUCGACGUUUCUUGUGACACCACAAACCCUCACAACCCUAUCCCCAUCUACUCCAUCAACACCACCUUCGAGGACCCAACCGUCCCCGUUGAGAUCAAGGAUGAUCAGAACAACCUACCCCUAUCUGUCAUCAGCAUUGACCACCUCCCUUCCAUGCUUCCCCGCGAGGCUAGUGAGGCCUUUAGUGAGGGUCUCAAGGAGUCUCUGCUCACACUCAAGGAUCGCAAGACUUCUCGGGUGUGGGCUGAUGCUGAGAAGCUCUUCCAUGAGAAGGUUGCCCUGUUGCCCGAGGAGUUGAGAACUAAGAGCGUUUAA